AUGGUUGCAAUCGAACAUCGUCAAAAGUCAUCGACAGCAGCAACAGCAACAGCCACAGCGACAUCAGCAACAACAAUCAACAUAGCCGUACUAUCGCCAACAUCGUCCGCCUCAUCAGCAUCGGCUGCUUCGAAUACCACUACGACGACCACUUCGAGCAUUCAACAACAGCAGCAGCAACAACAACAGCAAGAGCAGCAGCAGCAAUCACAUAAAAGUCUCGAGGAGAAGAAGCAAUUGGUUGAAGAGGUAUUGAAAUCGAAUCCAAAAUCACCCAUACAAAAGCAGUUAAGCAAAACCGAUAAAAUGUCACAGCUGGAAUCACCCGCCGAUACAAAAAAUGCGGAGAAACAACAGCAAAACAAGGAUGGCGGUGCAGUCUCGAAGAGUGCGGUUAGUCAGCGUAAUGUCGAUAUAAAAAUUUCCAAAAAAUCGAAUUUGGAUGCAGCUACCAAGGAGCUUACGAAAAAGGUACUCAAGCUGGAUUUGACGGGGAAGGAUUUGGAUGAGUUCUCCAUUAAAUCGCCCAAAUCGCCAAUAGGUGAGUAA